AUGAAGUUCUUCGCCUCCAUGAUCCUCUUUGCCGUCUCGGCCCUCGCCCAGAAUGCCGUGAUCGGCCUCCCUUCCACGGGCCAGAAGGUCACUGCCGGCAGUGAAAUUGUUGUCCAAGUGCAGCGUCCCAACUCCCUCACCCCCUCUAAGGAAAUGGCAGUCGCCAUUGGCUUCUCCUCAUGCGCCUCGUCCCCCUGCAGCACUCCCGAGGAGGUAAUGGGCACAAUCCUCUAUAACGGAUCCUUCGACCCCGAAUACCACGAGAGCAGCCUGCCACCCUACGAGAACUUCACUGUCACUGUGCCCCAGUCCGCUGCCAAGGGAAACGGUCAGAUUAAUGUUGCUCAUGCUACUUUAAUUGGGGCUGGUCCUUUCCCUUACUUGGAGACUCUCAACACAACCGUCAUCGUUGCAUAA